ACGAUUCUCAUCUUCCAUCUUCAAGGAAUCUAUUUUUUUUCAUGGAAGAUUCAAAAUCUAACCUAACUAGCGUAGUCGUCUGUCACUCGUCACUCUUGCAUUUCGUAUUUCCGACAGAAAACUAAUAGCUUUGCCAAAUUGACAAAUUACCAGGUGUUCUUCAGUCAACAAUUGUGAAUCAAAAGUUACCGAUCGAAAAGAUUACGACAAAGUUCAACGAUUCCUAAAUCUGUGACAACUUCGUUGAAAUUCGGUGACAGAUUGUUGUUUUUUUGGAUCAUCAUGGCAGAGGCCACAGCAGCCGAAGAACAAAUGUCAGUGAGGCAUAAAAAGGAAAAAAAGGAUUUACAGGCACAAAUCCAAGUUCUUAAAAAAUCAAUUUGCAAGGGUGAUAAGAAAAAGAAAAAAGAAGUUGCCGAAGAGAUAAAUCGUUUAGAGUCAGAACUGGAUACCCGACACAAUGAAGAAGUUGCAAACUUGAAGAUGAGUCGGGUCACAUUAACGGAAGCAUCUGAUGAACCUUCACCUGAGCCGGAAGAAGAAUUUGUUGAGAACAAAAGUGUGGAAAACGCUCCCAAAAUUUCAAAAGCUCAGAAACGUCGAGACAAGAAAGCAAAUGCAGAGAAGGAGCGGAAUGAAAGAAUAAUUGAACAGGAGGCAUUAAAUGUUUUUGGAAAAAGAAAUGUUGAAACUCAAGCCAUAAAAAAAAUCCUGAUUGACCGGGACCUCAUGAUUUAUGAAAUACCCAGCGACGGACACUGUCUCUACAACGCAAUAGCUCAUCAAUUGAAAAUCCUUGGUGAAAUUCCAUUGGGCCUAAAGGAUCUUCGGACAAAGACAUCAAGCUACUUACGCGAAAAUAUGAAUGACUUUUUACCGUUUCUGUCGAAUCCUGAUUCCGAAGAACUGUUUUCGCUCGAACAGUUCGAAAAAUACUGUGAUAAUAUAGCUUUCACAAAUGCAUGGGGUGGAGCUGUUGAGCUGCAAGUGCUUUCUCAUGUCCUACGGUGUCCAAUCGAAGUUGUCCAAGCGACCGGAGCUCCAUACCUCAUAGGGGCAGAAUACACGGAUAGUAAAAAGGUAAUUUUAACUUAUCAUCGACACAUGUAUGAAUUAGGUGCUCACUACAAUUCAGUAACAAAAUUUAUAAAAGAAGAAGAAAGCUGAUAAGCAUUGACGAAAAAAAGGAACAUUAAAUUUUUAGCGUUAUUUUCUCGAGAUUUCAAGCUUUCAACGAUACCUUUUUUUUUUGAUUUUUUCACCCAUGAACAAUAUUAACUUUAUCUUAAGCAUAACAAAAAUGAAGAAAUUAACCCGUAAGAAAAACUCGAAAAUUUGACAACUGGUCAUUUCCUCAUGAACAAUUACAAAUCUCUAUUUUGCCUAUUUUUUAAAUUUUGUUCUCUUCAAAAUCGUCACACAUUGAAUGAUGACAAUUUUAUAUUUCGGUUCUACAAUUUGAAACUAUUGCAAAUGAGUAGGUAAGAAAAAACCAAAUAAACAUCGAAUUUCUCGUAUUUAGAGAUUGGUACCAAAGGAUCAACUUAAACUGAAAAAAUAUAUCAUAUUGAAUAAGUGAAUCGAUACUCUACAAGAUUUAAAAAACUUUUUGACAAUUCUACAAAAACAAAAAACCUCCUGAAAACAGCAAUGCUGUUUAAAAUGCUCGUGAGAAAGCAAAAAACGAAUGUCUGUGAAAUAUAUUUUGUUUUUUGAACUUUUCGAACGCAUAAUUAUGCACAAAUUUCGUACAUUAGCGAAUAGUUUACUUUUGUUUACCGAGAUCGAUUGUAACAAACGUUAUUCAUUCCUGGAAUAUCCACCAUUUGAUUCUACAAACCGAAAUAACAAAUUCUAAAAGUACCUCUGUACAAACGAUCAAUAAGCUGCCACAAAUGAAAUUACAUCUGUUGUAAUGUGUUAUCCAACGAAUUGAAGAUAAAAAAAACGAAAAAUGUUUCGCAAUUCGAGGGUCAGUGUUCGAAAGAUCCCUCAAGAAGAAAACAAACGAAAACAAUAUUGCAUAUAUAAAAAUUCGGACGUUGAGAGAUCUAUAGCUUUGUAGAAAUCGUAUUUCUUCGAAGAGACUUAACGUUCAACGUUACGAUCGAUGUGAUUUGUGACGGUCAAAUAAUAACUGCCAAGAACUUGAAUAAUUACCGAUCGAUGUUCAUUGACCAGCUCAAUAGAUCUAAAUUAUCAUUUCUGUAAAAAUCUUAAAAUAAAUAAUCAGAAUUAUCAAUACUAAACUUGAAGUUCGAAAUUAGCUUGGACUUUCGUAAGUAAUUGUAACGCGUGUUCGGUGGGUGGGAAAAUAAACGUAAUUCUGGUGCGAAAAA